AUGAAGCCCGCCUCAGCUCUUGCUCUGAUCUUUGCCACUCUCACCUCUGCAUGGAAUGUGGACCUCUGGGCAACAGAUGGCCGCCACAUCAACAUGCACGGCCACGCGGACAGCGGGUGCAAGGACAUCAGCUUCACGCCAGCUCUGAAUGUAAACCGGGCAAAGUUUGACCCUAAGACGUCUCUGCAUAGUGACCCUGGAACUUUUGAGCUGUACGUCAACAAGGGUUGCGAGGGGCUCAGCUAUCGUAAUGGCAAGGGGGACUUCACCUUGACCCCGGCGCGGAAGAUUCGCAGCUACAAGGUGUACUAA